UAUACAUUUCGGUAAAAAUGACAGUUUGGUGUUCAAAAUGUCACGUUGAGAUCGAAAAUAUUCUGAAUAUCGGGUGAAUCUGUGCGAUUUGAUGUGUGAGUAUCUACUAGUUUUACAAUGGCCGAGUCUUGUGGAAAAGAAGCUGGCAGCAGUAAGCCAAAGAUGGCAGCAGAUAGCACGCAAAAGUUGACGUAUAACAUCCACAAAUGGUCCAGCUAUUCUUCUAAUUAUGUACCCGAAAAUAUUUUGGUAGAUGCCCCGGGUGAUCAGGCUUCUCGUUGGUCAUCAGAUAGUAACUGUCCUCCUCAGUUUCUCAUUCUAAAACUUGAGAAGUGCUCACUGGUGAAGAGUAUCUCGUUUGGGAAGUAUGAGAAGACACAUGUCUGUAACCUGAGAAAGUUCAAGAUUCUUGGAGGCAUGACCGAGGAGCACAUGGUAGAGCUACUAACAAGUGGUCUAGAAAAUGAUAGCAAUCAAGAGACAUUUCCAGUCAAGCAUAUGGUGAAUGGCAGUCAAGUACCAUGCCGAUAUAUCAAAAUAGUACCCAUGCUGUCAUGUGGUCCUAGCUUCAACUUCAGUAUUUGGUACGUUGCAAUAAAUGGUAUUGAUGAUACAGACACAGUCCAGCCAUGUCUGAUCAAGUAUAAUAAGUAUCGAGAAAGGGAAGCAAUCCGCCUUUGUCUGAAGCACCUUCGUCAGCACAACUAUGGGGAGGCUUUUGAGACGUUGCAAAAGAAAACCAAGAUCAGUUUGGAGCAUCCAACUAUAUCAGAACUACAUGACAAACUGGUUAUUCAGGGUGACUUCACCUGUUGUGAGCGUAUCAUAGAACGAGCAUCCGAGGAAGGUCACUUUGAACAUUACAUCAGCAUGAGGGAUUACCAGCCAAAGUGGACACUACUCUGCCCAUUCGGUUCUGUAGAGGAUGAUACGAAACCAGGGAAGAGGGGCGGUCAUCAGAUGUGUAUAGACAUAGAAACAGAAACGGUCUACUUGUUCGGCGGCUGGGAUGGUGAACAAGAUCUAGCAGAUUUCUGGGCUUACGGUGCUGCUACAGGGGAAUGGACUUGUCUUUUCAAGAACACUGCUGAUGAGGGAGGUCCAUCAGCUCGGUCUUGUCACAAGAUGUGUCUUGAUCCUCAACGACGGCAGAUCUUCACACUAGGUCGAUACCUGGACUCAUCAGUUAGAAAUGUUUACCCACUCAAGAGUGACUUCUAUGUGUAUGACAUUGACACUAAUAAAUGGAUGCUUAUAUUUGAAGACACCGGUACCGAGUGUGGUCCCAAACUCAUAUACGACCAUCAGAUGUGCCUGGACUCUCAAACCUCAACUAUAUUUGUGUUUGGUGGACGGAUUCUUACCAGCACUUUAUUGUCGGAGGAGAGGCCAAGUGAAGGGUCGUUCAGUGGCCUUUAUUCUUAUCAUAUCCCAACGAACACAUGGAAGAUUCUACGUAGAGAUUGUGCUAGUACUCUAGGAGGGAAAGACAUCAAAUCUAGAAUAGGUCACUCAAUGCUCUUACACCCGGUGGCUCGCAAACUGUACAUUAUAGCAGGGCAGCGUGGUAAAGACUACCUGAGUGAUUUCUUCACAUAUAACAUUGAUACCGAUGAAAUUGAGAUUAUAUCAGACGGAAACAAAAAAGACAGUGCCAUACCAGCCGCUGGUUUUACCCAGAGAGCCACCAUCAACCCAGAACUGAAUGAGAUUCAUGUUCUAUCGGGAUUGAGUAAGGACAAAGAUAAAAAAGAUGACUCUGUGAAGAAUUCCUUCUGGGUGUUUUACAUCAAUCAAAACAGAUGGUCCUGUGUGUACAAGAAUGAGAAUGGGGACCAGCAGUAUUGGAGUAAUCGUCAGAGCUUGGAGCCAUGUCCACGCUUCGCUCACCAGCUCGCAUACGACCACGUUCACAAGAGGCAUUAUUUGUUUGGAGGUAAUCCCGGACGGUCUGGGGCUCAGAGGAGUCGCCUUGAUGACUUCUGGGCGCUGGAGCUCGUAAGGCCAGUGAUAGGUCAGAUUGUGAGACGCUGUAAACAUCUUAUACGCAAGAACCGCUUCCAAGAAAUUGCCACCACCAACCCCGUCCAGGCCUUGACGUACCUGCAGACAGAGCUAGCUGAAACAGUGAACCAUAAAGACAAGAAAGAAACCAAAGAGUUCCAGCUACUAUCCUUGAGUCUCUUCAGAUCUAGCCUUGAGGUGCCAGACCAUUUGUUAACAGUCCAUACCGAGCAGUCACAUCCACAUUACACCACAAGAACGCAGCUUUUUGACACCCUCGUCAACUUUUUCCCUGAUGACAUGUCGCAGCCAAAGGGAAACCUGGUGGAUCUAAUCCUCUAGAGGGCGCUUCAUCAACUAGCAAUAACAACAAUGUAGUGUCACACAGAAUCACUGCCUUGAAAUUUUCUAGUCAAAAUUCAUUGACACUGAAGCCCGGUUCAUACUCCCUGUGAAUGUGAUUGCAAUACCAAUUUAGAUGUCACACAUGGCUGUUUUUGCAGCAAUUGUCUUGCAGGAGUUUAAGACAGUUAAACUGCUUUUGCAGUAAGUAUGAAUCGGGCUUAAUACUAUGUGAAGCGCUGGUAUCUUUAACCCCUAUAUGGACACCAAUCGGAGUCACUUGUGAUGUCUUGGACUUUGUGGGCUCCGACCACACGGUGCUUAACACAUAGUUCUUAAAGGCACUGGACACAUUUGGUAUUUGUCAAUGUCCAUUCUCUUUUGGUGUAUCCCAACAUAUGCAUU